UUUAUCUCCACGUGCUCAAAUACCUCCCUCCUCUGGCACUCCCAUAACUUCAACUCCCCUCAUUUCUCCCUCUCUCUCUCUCUCUCUCUCUCUCUCUCACACACAUUUUCCAUAAUCCCAUCCCCAAACCCUUAUCUCUCCUUCUCUCAAAAUGAAACUUAAUCAAUUCUUAACAAAAUUAGUUCCCACAAAUUCAAUAUUAAUAAUCUCCCUACUACUCCUCGGUUCUUUAAUUUCACAAGCUGAAACGACGCCGUGUGAUCACACCCACCCGUUCUUCGACGUGGAAGACUGUUGCCUCAGCUGCAAGCCAACCACCGAAGCCAACAAGAACCGGAGCCUCCACGCCAUGACCUCCCCGACGGCGUCAUCUCCUCCGUCGUCUCACCGGAGCUGCGAGGUUUGGACGGAGGCCUGCUCGGAAGAGGUGCUGAGCUUCGCGAAGCGGCCGGAGAACGUGGAGUGGCUGAAGACGAUCCGGCGGAGGAUCCACGAGCAUCCGGAGCUGGCGUUCGAGGAGUUCGAGACGAGCCGGUUGGUUCGGGAUGAGCUGGACCGGUUGGACAUCGGAUACCGGUUUCCUUUGGCCAAGACCGGAAUUCGGGCUUGGAUCGGAACCGGAGGUCCGCCUUUUGUCGCCGUCAGAGCUGACAUGGAUGCUCUUCCUAUUCAGGAAGCUGUGGAAUGGGAGCACAAGAGCAAAGUAGCCGGCAAAAUGCAUGCUUGUGGGCACGAUGCUCAUGUGACCAUGCUCAUUGGUGCUGCCAAGAUCUUGAAGAGCCGUGAGCAUCUUUUGAAGGGAACAGUAAUAUUGUUAUUUCAGCCAGCAGAGGAAGCUGGUAAUGGGGCAAAGCGAAUGAUUGGAGAUGGAGCUUUGGAGGACGUGGAGGCCAUAUUUGCAGCUCAUGUAUCCCAUGAGCACCCUACAGGCAUCAUUGGGUCAAGGUCUGGUGCUCUGCUAGCUGGCUGUGGCUUCUUCAGAGCUGUUAUCAAUGGAAAGACCGGCCGCGCCGGAAACCCACACUCCUCCGUUGACCCUGUUUUAGCGGCCGCCGCGGCCGUCAUCAGCUUGCAGGGCAUUGUGUCCCGCGAAUCCAACCCUUUGGACUCGCAGGUUGUGUCUGUUACUGCAUUCAAUGGAGGUGAUGAUCUUGGCAUGAUACCCAACACUGUGGUACUUGGUGGCACUCUCAGGGCUUUCUCCAACACAAGCUUCUACCGACUUCUUCAAAGAAUUGAAGAGGUGAUUGUGGAGCAGGCAAGCGUUUACAGAUGCUCAGCAACAGUGGACUUCUUUAAAAACCAGAGCACCAUAUAUCCCCCGACCGUGAACGAUGACAAGAUGCAUGAGCACGUGAGGAAGGUGGCCAUGGGUUUGCUGGGUCCAGCCAACUUCAGGGUGGUUCCACCCAUGAUGGGUGCUGAGGACUUCUCCUUCUACUCAGAGGUCAUCCCGGCUGGCUUCUUCUAUAUAGGGAUAAGGAAUGAGACCUUGGGCUCCACACACACGGGCCACUCACCCUAUUUUUUCAUUGAUGAAGAUGUUUUGCCAAUUGGGGCAGCAACUCAUGCCACCAUAGCUGAAAGGUACCUCAAUGAGCAUGGGUGAGAUGAGAUCACUGAUGGGUGGUUUUAGUAAAACCCACGAGCUGCUGUUAGUGCAGAUAUGCGAUUGUGGUUGUUUUCAAUGGGCACAAAGCAUGAAAUACAUAAAAUGCUUUGUGUGCGCUCUUUAAAUUUUGGUCUUGGGGUUUAGGGGGGCCAGUACAGGGUAAGAUUUGUCCCUUUUUCUUCGUGUAAAAAGGAUGUAGUAGAGCAUUUUCUGGUUGUUAGUGAUUAACGUUGUAAGUUGCAGACAAUAAUUUGAUUUUAGAUUUCCAAA